AUUAUUUUCUCCAUCGCUUCUUUUUGAAUUUUCCCAAAUUGUGUACUUAUUUUCUUUAAGACGGAUUCUGGAAAUAAAAAGAAUAAAGUCUGGCUGAUAUAGAAAGAAGAACAGCGAGGAGAAGGAAAAGAGGAAAAGAAAGGAAGAAAAGCACAACACCACCACGAUGUUAUGAAGAGAUUGUUGAAGGCAUAUUAGCAAACCUACCAUGACUCUCAGCAGCCACCUAAGCGACCACUCCAGGGUCUAUGGCACCGCCGCCCUCACCAUCACCUUUCUCGCUGGCAUCCUCGUCACCCUCGGCUUCAAGGACCUGUACCCAGACCUUGAGAGGCGGUACAGAUCCUCCACCAAGAAAGGCAGCGCAGCUCACACCAGGGCCAGCACCAACCACCCGCGUCGCAGCAGCCUCUUCUUUGGCCCACCGCUCCAGCUCGAAGACCACGAGUCCGACGAUGGCCUCGUAGGCGAUCCCGCCAGCGCAGGCGCCCCCGUCGUCUCAGAAGGCAUCGAGUCCACCAUCGGCCACACGCCCCUCAUCCGCCUCAAAGCCCUAUCCCGGCUCACAGGACGCACGAUCCUCGCCAAGGCCGAGUUCCUCAAUGGCUGCGGCGGCUCCCCCAAGGACCGCGUCGCCCUGUCCAUGAUCCUCGCCGCCGAGAAACAAGGCCUGCUGGUCCCAGGCCGCGGCGACACCAUCUACGAGGGCACCGUCGGCAGCACGGGCAUCUCGCUGGCCACCCUGGCCCGUGCCCGCGGCUACCGCUGCCACAUCUGCAUGCCCGCCGAUGUGGCCAUCGAGAAGUCUGACUUGCUGCGCCAGCUCGGCGCCGAGGUCGAGCGUGUCGAGCUCGCACCCAUCACCAGCCCGGCUCACUUUGUCAACCUGGCGCGGAGGCGCGCGCGCGAGCACGCCACCCUGCACCGCGACGACGGCAGCGUCGGCUUCUUUGCUGAUCAGUUCGAGAGCCCUGCGAACUGGGGCGCCCACCUGCACUCCACGGGACCUGAGAUCUUCGCCCAGACCGGUGGGGACAUUGCUGCCUUCGUUGCCGGCGCCGGCACGGGGGGUACCAUCUCCGGCAUCGCGCGGUAUCUCAAGGAGGUCGCAGGGCUUGGUGAUGAUGUCAAGGUGGUCCUCGCCGACCCUCAGGGCAGCGGGUUAUAUAACAAGGUCAAGUACGGCGUCAUGUACUCGCCCACAGAGAAGGAGGGCACGAGGCGGCGGCAGCAGGUCGACACCAUCGUCGAGGGGAUCGGCAUCACGCGCAUCACGGAGAACUUCGAGGCGGGCCGGGAGCUGAUCGACGAUGCGGUCAAGGUGACGGAUGACCAGGCGUGCAGGAUGGCGCGGUGGUUGGUGGAGAACGAGGGUGUGUUUGCUGGGAGCAGCAGUGCUGUCAACCUGGUGGCCGCCGUGGUCACGGCCAUGAAGCUGCCCGAGGGCAGCCAGGUGGUCACCAUCCUGUGCGAUUCCGGCCAGAGGCACCUGAGCAAGUUCUACAAGCGGAUCGCGGACAUGGGACUGGAGGAACAGCACGAGUCUCUAGAUUUGUUUGCCCUGCUCGGUAUCGAGAAGACGGGUACGUCCAUGACCAAAUAGGACCUCCUCGUCGAGGGGUCUAACUCUCUCCCUCAAUCGCAUAACCUCUCUUCAGAAAUGAAGAUCGCAGAAAGUUGAAAUAAAAAAAUCUAUGAAGAGAAAAGUGCAUAAGUGCAUAACCCUCCAGGCUCAUGACAAACCUCGUGGCUACCCUCCCGAGUGGACGUGAGAGGACGACGUUACAUGGUCGCGCAAUCACAGAAAAAGUGAACAAUUUCACUCGUGCAGAAGUCAAAUACCCCCCCCCCCCCCCUGCUGGAUGUCCCAGCUAUCCUGCUCCCUCCCUUUGUCCAUUACGCCGCCAACACCUUCUUUUUGAUUGAAUUUUCUCGACGAGGCGAAUAUCAGAAAUGUCCGACAGAGAGAUGUGGGGGAGAGCUGAAUCAGGGCCAGGGCCCAGAACAAUGUUCUCGCAACCACAACCAGCUCUGUGGAAGCAGCAAUUUCGCACACAAAAGCUUGCCUGC